AUGCAGUAUCUAAACCUGCAACCCUAUGGGUCGGCUAAUCUUCUCGUUCCCAUGUUUACUCCCGUCUUUGCCUUCCUUACGGUGACGAUUAUCAGCUAUCUCGUUUGGCGCUGGUUCAACAGGCCGCAUUGUGUGGAUAUUCGCAACAGGCAUGUCCUAAUUACUGGAGGCUCAUCCGGUAUUGGAUUGGCCCUGGCUCGUGAGGCUGCAAAACGUGGAGCCUAUGUGACGAUUGUUGCUCGUAACAAGACUCGUCUUAGUAAGGCGAAAGAGGAGCUUUCUGAGUUUGCAGACGAUGCAUCCAAAAUCUCUACCCUCUCCAUGGACUUGUGUGGACCCUUCGAGGAGAUAAAGAAAUGUCUCGAAUCGAACAUAGGUAAUUCCAGUGUACGCCAAGGUCCCAUUUUGCGGUGUCAUGCUAUUUCCAGACUUUUGGUUUUAAAAGUUUCUUAUUAUGGAAUUUCCAUUCAAAUCGCCUCCUACUCGCUCGUUUAUUAUUACGGUAUUGUUUGGAGUACCCUAUACCCCGUGACUGUAUCCACUCGUACCGCGUACGUCAAUUCCCAAUGA